UCUCCCCACUCUCCAUUUCCGUCCCCAACUUUAUAUAUAUAAGAUAAGAUUGAAAUCAUCUUCCACAGCAAAACAAACACAAAAUACAAUCAAAUUCAUAGCUCUCUCGAUCAACCUCAAACAAAUUCAAUCAAUCAGUUAUGAGUUCGAGCAGCAAAGCUUGGAUAGCCGCAGUGAGCAUCGGAGCAGUGGAAGCACUCAAGGAUCAGGCCGGAUUCUGCAGAUGGAAUUAUGCUUUCAGAAUCCUGCAACAGCAAGCAAAAACCACCCUCAGAUCUUACAGUAGCGCCGCUGAACCUCGCGCGCAGAAAUUAGGUUUGUCUGGACACUACUCUUCUUCAAUGGCGCUUUCGAAGAACACGACUAAGCAGCAAUCGGAAGACUCGCUAAGAACAGUCAUGUAUUUGAGCUGCUGGGGUCCCAAUUGAUGUUGAAUCCCUCUUUUAUUUUUUCACUUUUUUUUUUUUUCUUCUUCCUGAUAAUAUGAUAUAGUCUGUAUACAGUGUAUAUCCAAAUGAAUGGAUGGAGCUGAUUACUAGAUCCCUGAGAGUUUAGAUCUGAAAAUUUAUAAUAAUAAAAUUUCAGUUCCAAUUUAUUUUUGUGAAGAA